GGGGAACAUGCAUUCGGCUUGGACAGUUUGAAAUUCUUAGUUUGGGGUCCCCGCUCGCUUGCUUUUUCCACCCCGCGGAUUUUUUUUUUCUUUUUGAAGAUUUUUCCACCUCUCUCCUUUUUUCAUUUUCCCACCUCGGGGCUCUUUUGUGACUCCCCCCUCCCAACCCUCCGCCUUUAUGUUCGCCCAGCCCUCCACCCGCUUCUGAGUAGUGGGGGAGGGUCUCGGCCUCCACGUUCCCGCCCCACCGGGGCUCCGGCGAACAUGGGGGGCAAGCAGAGCACGGCGGCCCGUUCUCGGGGCCCCUUCCCGGGGGUCUCCACGGAUGACAGCGCCGUGCCGCCGCCUGGAGGGGCGCCCCACUUUGGGCACUACCGGACGGGCGGCGGGGCGAUGGGGCUGCGCAGCCGCUCGGUCAGCUCGGUGGCGGGCAUGGGCAUGGACCCCAGUACGGCCGGAGGGGUGCCCUUUAGUCUCUACACCCCCGCCUCCCGCGGGACCGGCGACUCAGAGAGGGCGCCGGGCGGCGGAGGGUCCACGUCGGACUCCACCUAUGCCCACGGCAAUGGUUACCAAGAGACCGGCGGUCACCAUAGAGACGGGAUGCUGUACCUGGGCUCCCGAGCCUCGCUGGCGGAUGCUCUACCUCUGCACAUCGCACCCAGGUGGUUCAGCUCGCACAGUGGUUUCAAGUGCCCCAUUUGUUCCAAGUCUGUGGCUUCCGAUGAGAUGGAAAUGCACUUUAUAAUGUGUCUGAGCAAACCUCGCCUGUCCUACAAUGAUGAUGUGCUGACUAAAGAUGCGGGUGAGUGUGUGAUCUGCCUGGAGGAGCUGCUUCAGGGGGACACGAUAGCCAGGCUGCCCUGCCUGUGCAUCUAUCACAAAAGCUGCAUAGACUCAUGGUUUGAAGUGAACAGAUCUUGUCCAGAACACCCUGCUGAUUGACCCUGCUGGGCCUGCUUACGGACUCCUCUCAAAGGUUUAUUUUAUUUAUUCCAAGUAAAUGCCCAGAACAGCUGACGGUAUCAGGCAAAUCAGGGACAUUGGCUCUUUUUACCCUCACCUCAAAAUCUGAUGACACGCAAGGGAGAGUGAGGCAGAGGGAUUGGAUCCCAGCUCCAGAGUGCAGGUCCAAAAUGCCGGCAGGAGGUUUGGCUUCCGGUGGGCCUGCCUGGACUCAACCAGAUGCCCCAGCUGACCAGCCCGCCCUCAGGGGGACACAUGCUGCUGCCACCACCGUGGAUGGAGCGGCAAUGCUCAGCAAGAUGGAGUGGGGCUGACUUCUUCCGACCCACACAGGGACAGCCGGCCCCUGCUCCUGGGAGGAAGCUCCUCGGACACUGGACAGAGCUGAGCUUGGGACACCAGAGAGAACAGGGCACCCUUCUGCACUGACUUCCAGACAAUGGUCCUCCCUGAGGACACCCAGUGGCUGAGAGUGAGUCUGAGAGAAGAAUGAAUUGACCUCUAUCCUUCCCCUCACCCUCGACCCAGGAGGGAAAGAGCAUUUUCUUUUUCACCUUUGAAAGGCGUUGUGGGUCUGUCUUUAAAAAGUGUUUACAAACAACAAAAAAUUCUAUAAAAAGUCUCGUGUCGA